AAAUCUCUCUCUCCCUUUCUCUCAAUGGCUUCAAACCUAAAUAAAGUUACUAUUAUAAUUAUUUUUCUUAUUUAUUUGGCUGCAAGUGCUCUCUAAAUCCCACACAUUCUUACUUUUAAAUAGCCCCAUAUAUUUCACGUUUCUCUUUCACGUCUACUUCACUACUGCGCCACUACAUACACCUUUAAGCUACCACUCUCCUCAUUACUCUCUCUCAUCCACACACGAAACCACUCAUAUAUAUUCAUAUAUUUUUUUGCCUUUCCUUUGUUUUUUUGAUUUUUUUUUUUUUAAAAAAAGAGAAUCUAAUCUUAGAAUAACAAUAGCUAGUAGUCUAGUAUUUUGUUUCAUCGUACGGACCCGAUAAAAAUACGAUCUACCUUGGUAUUGCUGCAAACUUUACCUGAAAAAAAAAACAAAAACAAUGAUGAACGGUUUACAAGAAUGGCCUGAGCCAAUCGUCCGAGUCCAAUCCUUGUCCGACAGCGGCGUAUCCUCAAUCCCAGACCGAUAUAUCAAGCCCCCGACGGAACGACCGUCGUUCUGCCACCUCAUCGGCUCAUCAUCAUCAUCAUCAUCAGAAAGCUCCGAAGUGGAAGCCGUAGCUGAAGCUGACGUGGACGCCAACAUCCCUGUCAUCGACAUGAGCGGCUUACAGAGCGAGGACAGGCGUGUCCGAGCCGAGACGAUGAGACUAGUGUCGGAGUCGUGCCGUGAGUGGGGGUUCUUCCAAGUGGUGAACCACGGUGUGAGCCCUCAACUGUUGGACCGUGCCUUGCAAAUCUGGCGUGAGUUUUUCCACUUACCGGCCCAAGAGAAACAGCUCUACGCAAACUCCCCCAAAACUUACGAAGGCUACGGAAGUCGUUUAGGGAUACAGAAAGGAGCCAUUCUCGAUUGGAGUGACUAUUACUUCCUUCACUACCUUCCAUUCUCGUUGAAGGACUACAACAAGUGGCCUCACCUCCCAUUCAACUGCAGAGAAGUUAUUGAUGAAUAUGGUAAUGAAGUGGUGAAGCUAUGUGGGCGAUUAUUGAGGGUGUUAUCAUUAAAUUUGGGAUUGAAAGAGGAAUUUCUACAAAAUGCGUUUGGCGGGGAAGACAUAGGAGCAUGUAUGAGAGUAAACUUUUACCCAAAGUGCCCACAACCUGAGCUGACGCUAGGUUUAUCGUCACAUUCGGAUCCUGGAGGAAUGACCCUUUUACUACCGGAGCACCAAGUCACGGGCCUCCAAGUCCGAAAAGCUAACUCUUGGAUCACAGUCAAACCUGCACCACACGCUUUUAUUGUCAAUAUCGGUGAUCAAAUCCAGGUUUUAAGCAAUGCAAUCUAUAAGAGCGUAGAGCACAGAGUAGUAGUAAAUUCAGGGAAAGAGAGGAUCUCAAUGGCCUUCUUUUACAAUCCGAAAAGUGACAUACCAAUAGAGCCAGCGAAGGAGCUCGUGACGCCAGACAGCCCAGCGCUAUACUUGCCCAUGACUUUCGAUGAAUAUAGGCUUUUCAUCAGAAUGAGAGGCCCUCAAGGAAAAUCCCAAGUGGAGUCACUAAAAUCUCCUCGAUGAUUGUCAUUAUUAUUAUUAGUAACCAAUAUAUUAUUUCGGUAUAAAUUUUUCAGGGAAAAUAAAUUUGAAUAUAUAUAUUAAUUCUCUGUAAAUUUCAUGUAAAAGAAGAUAUCCCAUUCCAUUAGUCACACUGGGUUAAUUAAUUGUGCAUCUUGUAUUCACGGAGGGGAUUAUAUAUAUUUAGGGCUUAAUUAAUUGGGCAGUAAUGCAGCCAAUUACAUAUUUAGGUAAAGGAGAAUGUGAAAGAGGAAGAAAAUAUAUAUAUAUAUAGAAGGAGUCUUGUUUGAUCGUGUGUGAACUGUUAAUUUUUAAUUAUAUUAAUGUAAUUAGUGGGGUAGCAUAUUGUAUCUAUUGAUAUAUGGGGUCUUUGCCCCACUUGAGUCCAUUGAUUGUGGUAACAAAAUGGUCAAUUAAAGAUUAUUAUUUUCUUA